AUCCAGACAAGCACUUUCACUUUGAGUGGAGCCUGUGUAUGACUGAGGAUACAAGGAGUGACAAGGGGAAGAGACACAGAGGAGGACGGGACCAGCGUCUUUAAUACUUUAUCCAUUAACCAGCCUUAAGGAACAGAGGAGUGGUGGAAAUUCAGGAAAAUUCUGUGCCAGCAGUGAAAGAAAGAAAAAGGGAAAGGGAAAGGCUGCAGCCACUCAGACACUACUGGGAAAAUCCAAAGUGAAAGAGCAUGUUGAUGUGAGAUGAUAUUUGAGGCUUGUUUGGGAAAGUACCAAAAGAAACCAGGACAGGCUGCAGAAAGGAUGUGAACAAGAUCACCAAACAUCAAGCAAGUAAAGAAGUGUGUUCUGUCAACGACCUCAAGAAGCCACAGUGGAGGAGACUUCCUUUCACAGACUGACACAGAGCUGCAUCCGUGUACUUGCUCUCGAGAAGAGAAAUGGAGAAGUGUCCAUUCUUAGAAAGAUAAAAGGAUGUCACUGCCAGUUGUACUUCUGUCAGUCCUCAUUGUCCAAUGUGGUGGAUGUGACUUUGGUGUGGAAAAUAUGAAGGCAACCAUCGACUCGAAUCCAACUGGAUUUCGGACAGUAUUUCCGAAGAAUUAUAAUAUUGUCCACCAUUAUACGAGAAGCAUGCUCUGCAAAACUGAUCCGUGUUGCGUCUUCCCCGCUGCCGUGGUACUCCUGGACUCCUGGCAUGUGCUUCUCAGAAACCUCUGGGAUGAGCACGUAAAUCACUCCUUAAUCCUCGACCUAAAGCAAACACUGGAUAAAAUUGUUGCAAAGAACAGGAAUAUAGAGAGGUUCCAGGAGGAUACAGAUCUUUCACAAUUGGCCACAUUACAAUCUUCUCCAGAGGAACUUUUAGCCUUCACAUCAGAACUUUUUACCCGGUGGCUCGAGGUUGGGUGUUUACCUUCCAUUGAAACCUGCUCACUGCCCACAUUGCCGCCCUCUGUUGAGAGAAAAGACUAUGGUCCAUCGAGGGAAAGACUCAUGACCACCCGAACCAUCGGCAGUGUGGAACAUGGACAGCACGACACAAUGAUAGACAUUGCACCACAACUGUCGAAUGGAGGGUCUCGAUCACCGUCCUGUUUUUCCUGUGCCUCCAGCUUCCUGCUAGUCGGACUCUGCUGGUUGGUGUUGCCAUAGUAACAAAAGUUAAUUUUGCACAUGAAGUCCAAUACUUUUUUUAUUACACUGAACUUUUGUUAUCUUUGUGUUUUGUUGCAAUACGUUUUGUAAACAUGGAAUAACAUGUUUCAUUUCAUGUCCAAAGUUAGCUCCAAGUAUUCACUGUUUAACAGUUUAUUGUAAUAUCACAAAUACAUAAGGAAAAGAAUUAGCCACCUUCUCUUGAGUAAGCCACAGGCUGCAGCUAAUUGUGCUUUUCAUGCUAAAAAGAGAUAAAUCCUGAGCUCUCCAAUGCACAUAAGCGUUUAUCUAUGUCGAUUUGUCACUGUUUACAACAAUUGUUAUGUAAGAUGUUUCAGCCUAUUGCUGUUGUACAUAAAUGUAAAUUAGACUCAUUUAGAUAGUAAGCGUUUGAUUUAACUGACCAGAUGCAUUCAGAGGAUUGUAAGCUAUAUUUAUUAUGGUCUUUGUUGUUUUUCAUCAAAGAUGGAAAAGUGCAUUUACUCAAGUAAAAGAGCAUAAAAUCUGAAGGAAAUAUUAUACGUUUUCUGCAUAACUUUUAUGUGGCGCUAAAUGGAUAUUUAACAGAUAUGAUGCAAAGUUGAUGCACUAUUAUAAACUGAAAUAGCAAAAUACAUGCACUUCAAUGUAUCUAUAUUUCCAGCCAGAUCAUACAACAUUACGGUAGUAUGGUAGUAAAGCUAUGACAGGGAGCUUUUUUUCUGCUUUUGAAUUAUUUUGCUUUUGAUACAAUUUACUGACUUCCAUAAAUGAUUUUGUACCUUUACAGUGUGGUAAUGCUACUUUUUCUUCAGUAAAACAUCUCAGUAUUACCUCCAUUACUUUGUGUGAGUAUAAACAUGUACAUUUUCAGCUUUGGUUCUAUCUGCUUUAAAAACAAAACAAAAAAAUCUUUGUUUAUAAUCUGGAAUUCCAGCGGUAAGAGUGUGCAUUCAUUUGAGCUGAACCAGGACAGCUGGCAAAACUAAUCUCUUAAACAACUUCCGAUGAAUCACAACCUAAAGACAAGUUGCAAAUGCAAGAGAAAUGAGCUGUUGGCGCCUUGAUUAUCUGCCAU